AAACGGUCGCAUUUCACCAUCAACCUCACCUCUCUCUCUCUCUCUCUCUCUCUCUCUCAUCCACACUCCUCCUCUUCUCUCUCUCUCUCUCUCUCUCUCUCUCUUUUCUCGAGAAUCUCUCUCGAGAUCUAAUCGGAAGAGCCGCUCCACUUCUCAGGUCAGUUGGCAGCAUGGGUCGCGGAGUUAGCGCUGGUGGGGGACAGAGUUCAUUGGGCUACCUGUUUGGAAGUGGGGAAGCUCCCAAAGCUGCUGCAAACAAUCCCCCGGCUGCUACAACUGAACCAGAAGCUAAGCCUUCUUCAAAAUCAGCUGCUCCUCCCGUAGAAGUUACCAAGAAUAUUCCUGCUGGUAUCCACAGUACCUCCUCCAACAACUACAUGAGGGCCGAUGGUCAGAACACUGGCAACUUCAUCACGGACCGACCUUCAACCAAGGUCCAUUCUGCACCUGGUGGUGGAUCGUCUCUGGGCUACCUCUUUGGUGGAGAUGGUAAAUGAGUUAAGAAGACUGACCGUCAAAUUUCACCUUAUUUCUAUGUGAGCUACAUUCUAUCUGAACCUGUAAUUUUCGAGUUUCACCCGAGCAAACUAAACUUGCUUAAUCAAACUGUGCAAUAUAUCAAUCUGUUGGGUGUUUGUUGGAAUGGGAAGCUUCUCUGAAAGUUUUUAGUCUUUUUUGGAUGAUAAACAUCCGUUACAGACCUCUGUAACCCCAAGUGCAAAGUUGCACCUUGUCAUAGUGGAUUGUCGUUUGUGUUUUAGCACAUCCUA